AUGGAUUUCAUGGAGUCGGCAGACAUGGGCAGUGGCUGUGAAGAUGACAAUUGUGGCCUUGCAUCGGGCUCUCUGGUGGACUGCCCCAACCAAGAGUGUCAGUGGGAAGAACCGGAGUUUGGCCUGGUUAAGUUAGUGUGUGUGACUGUCAUUUAUAUUCCGCUGAUGCUCUUCGGCCUGCUGGGAAAUAUACUAACAAUUCUGGUGGUUUGGCUCCGCCCUCACAUGAGAAGCUCGACCUACCUCUACCUGAGCAGCAUGGCCGUCAGCGAUCUGUUUAUACUUCUCCUGCUGCCUCUGGAUCUGUAUAAGCUCUGGAGGCCCAGACCCUGGCCAUUUGGAGACCUUGCGUGUAAACUCACUAUGUUCAUGUCAGAGUGCUGCACCUUCUGCACAAUCCUUCACAUCACCUUCCUCUCCAUUGAGAGGUACGUGGCGGUCUGUUGGCCUAUCACAGCCAAGACCCUGGUGACCCGCCGUAGAACCAGGGCUCUUAUUGGCUGCCUGUGGCUGGGUGCUGCCGUCAGUGCAGCUCCGGUGUUGGUUAUGGUUGGAGUGGAGGAAGUCGUGGGAGAGGAGCCAGGGCUUGGUGGAUGGAGGGAGGACAGAGGGUGGACAGGGAGUGAAGGAGGAUUCAUGAUAGGUGAAAGGGAACAAGGACGUGGAGAAAUUGUCUCCAGUGAUGGAGGAUCAGAGGGAAUAAAGUGGGGAGAAAAUAUUGGUGAGGAAAUAAUAACGGUGGAGAAAGAAGAAAGACAACUGGCGACAGGAGGAAGAGAGAAUACCAAACAAGGAGAUGGAAGAAAAACAAGGGACGAGGGAGGUAAUAUUAAAGAACAAAGGGUUGAAGUUGAGGGAAUCCAUCAUAAAAGGUUGAAAAAGGAAGAUGGAGGAGGAGUGAAAGAAAGCGUUGAUGGAGGUCGGGGUCUUCCUGACAACAGAGAGUGCCGCGUAACAGACUACGCCAUCUCCUCCGGCCUGUUGUCAACCAUGAUGAUUCUCUCCAACUUGUACUUCCUGGUACCGUUCUGCAUCCUGGGACUGGUCUACAGCCUGAUUGGACGGACGCUGUGGCUCCGCCCACAAAGUAGCCGGAGAGAACAGAGUCAUCGGCACACUGUCAAAAUGUUGGGUGUGAUUGUGUUGGCGUUUGUCCUCUGCUGGCUGCCCUUCCAUUUGGGUCGGACUAUUUUCUCUCUUUCUCAGGGCGGCAGUACUGAUGUAUACUAUCUGUCUCAGUACUUCAACCUGGUGUCCUCUGUCCUCUUCUACCUCAGUGCUGCUGUCAAUCCUCUGCUGUACAACCUGAUGUCUGCCAGAUACAGACACGCUGUACACAGCCUCAUACACACACACUCUCACACACAGACUCACCGUCGGCGCACACUCACAGGACAGCACUCCACAACCACUUUGUAA